CUGAGCGCACGUCUCCAACCAGCCUUUACGCGCGUAGAACGCUCUCCAAGAGAAUCCCCUGCGGUCGGCCCCUCCCCUUUCCGUUUCUUUUGCCGCCCUCAUUCAUUCAUGACCCCGGCCUGUGACGUAGGAGAUUCCGCGGUGCCCACUGCCGUAGGCAACGACGACAUGCUGGAGUAUAUAUGGGGCCCAGGUUGCCAUCAGCCGGCACACUCUCAGUCGCUCCGACUCGGGAACCAGGGCAUCAGCGGAGAUAGCAGGCUUUACUUCGCCCUUUCAGGCUAACUCGCUUUGGGCUUUGGUUCAGGAUGGACAACCCUUCUCUUUCUCGGAGCCGACGAAGCUCCAUCAUGCGCAACUGCAAAAGCGGUCUCUCCCUCUGGCUGGUGGUCUGGCUGGUCCUCGGCAAGCCAAGUCCGGCAUCGGCGUGUCCACACCAMUGCGUGUGCUACCCGACGCCCAUGACUGUGAGCUGCCAGGCGCAGAACUUCACCGCCGUCCCCGUCGGAGUGCCGUAUGAGUCUCAGCGCGUUUUCCUCCAGAACAACCGGAUCAUGGAGCUCAGAGUUGGCUCUUUCGGCUUCGGAACUCAGGUUCUGUGGCUUUUCUCCAACAACAUCACUUGGAUUGAAGCAGGGGCUUUCAGUGAGCUCAGGGACUUGGAGGAGUUGGACCUGGGGGACAACCCCAACCUUCAUAGGCUGGAAGGAGGAGCUUUCCGUGGGCUUGAGAAGCUCCAGAGCCUCCACAUGCACCGCUGCCGGCUCACUGCCCUGCCUCAUGACAUCUUCCACAAGCUAUACAGCCUGCAGUUCCUCUACCUGCAGGAAAAUAACCUCCACUUCCUGCAGGAUGACAUCUUUUCUGACCUCAUCAACCUCAGCCAGUUGUUCCUGCAUGGCAACCGCAUCCGGACCCUCUCAGAGAACGUGUUUCGUGGUUUGGUCAACCUGGACCGCCUCCUCCUCCACGACAACCGCAUCAGGCAGGUGAACCGCCGCGCGUUCCGUGACCUCGGUCGCCUGACCAUGCUCUUCCUAUUCAACAACUCCCUGGCCGAGCUGCCCAGCCAGACCCUGAGGGACACRCAGGGCAUCGAGUUCCUCCGCCUCAACGCCAACCCCUGGUCCUGCGGYUGUGAGGCCCGUGCCCUGUGGGAGUGGUUCCGUGAGGCCCGCGUCUCCUCGUCUGAGGUGAUCUGCGCCUCCCCUUCAACCCGCCGUGGUCAGGACCUUCGCUUCCUCCGUGAGAUGGACUUCGCCCUCUGUCCCCUGCCCGAUCCGGGCUCCAUCGCCGGCUCCACCACCACCACAUUCAGCACCAAAACCCGCUGGUGGUUCCACAAGAACAAGCCCCAGUCCUCUACAAAAGGCAUCUUCGAGAAGGCCUCAGAGACCAUCAAGGCUGGUCUGCACGGGAAAGGCCCAUCGUCGACCACCUCGGYGGUCAAAUACGAGCUGGGAGAGGAGGAGCUGGCGCUGCCCAAACUCGACCCAGAAGAGUACUGGGCAAACUACGGCAAUGAGGAYUCAGGCGUCACUCUGCGGUGCUUCGAGCUCGAAUGUCCACCUGAGUUCGACCUGACUCCCUCUUCCUCCUCUCCCAGAUCCUCAUCACCCUCCCUACUUUCGCUACUAUCCMUUUCUGUUUUCACCUUCUGCCUCAACCUUUAUUUAGUCUUUGGCUGAAUUUGACUCUUAGAGCCACAUCCCUUCCCUUCCAGCCUGUUUUAAAGGCCGAGGGACCCCUGUUAGACUCUCUACACCCCUUUGCCCACUUUGCUGUGAACGAAUCUUCGAAGAACAGCACGGGAGAUGGGGGGGAUGGUCAGAUUCUGAAUCUACCACCUAUAGGGCUUAACUCUUUUUCAGGGCUGCUAAGAGUUUUUUCAGCCACGAUCAUAAUUCUCUACGAUGCUCUACAGGCAUGACUUUCUGUGUCUUACCUGUACGCGACGAUUCCCUGCAAUCAGGGCUAUGAGGGCUGAGUCCACCGCCAACAAGAACGCCAUUUGAUAAGAGUUGUGAAUGAUGUUGUCAAUUCUGUCACCUCAACUUAGUCAGUACUGCCAGUGCUAGGAUUGCUUCCAGUCUACUGGGUGCRACAAAUGCUACAAUUACUGUUAGAACCAGUUUACAGUAAUUACAAUACUGUAACCACUUAAAGUGUCAUGUAUAUAGGUGUGUAUUCUGUGGGUGUUCAAACUGAUAUCUGUGGUCAAGCACAAUCACUUUCAUUAGACUCCAGGAAAACUGUGAAGGCUUGUGCCUCUACGUGACAGAGCACUAUGCACAGGGAGGAGGAAAAAACAUACUGUGAAAAAAGGGAGGGAGGAGCGACAAGUUAAAUGACAGGAGAGAUGUUUAUUUUUUUAAAGCUCCAGUUUGGGGAAAAGGAAAUAGGAGGGGUUAGAGUCGGUGCAGCAAUAAGGAAUAAAACAAGGAAGGAGCAGGAAGUAAGUGAACAGUGUUGGCAGUAGAAGCAGCAACCUGCAGGAGAUCAGCAACAAACCCACUCAUCAGUAGUUCUACUCAUCUUACAUUUUCUGUAAAUACUUUGUUGUUUUGCAACAACCACAUGGAAACAAUGCUUCCUGUCAGGAAGCCUGAGAUUUUGCUUUUGGAUGUCUUUCUGUGACAUAUAGAUAUAAUGUGUUAAUGAUUGUUGACUUGAAUGCCAAUGAAGAUCUUGAUAAAAAAAGAUACACUGAAUAUUUUCUGYAUCAUGCUUCUUUUUGGAAACACUGUUUGAUGAAUUUGUUUUGACWGGGAAAAAAUUAAGGGGUGUUGAAAGUAAAUUACGACAACAAGAAGUGAAAACUGAUUACACAAUUUCACAAAAAAGGCAGCAGAUUGCUGCUUGGUGACAAAAGUGUGACAAAAAAAGUCGGUGGACUUAAAGGACUGACCACACGGUCACACUGAGUGGCUCUGAUGGGCAUCUGUGUGUGUAUACAAGAYGAUGAACAGAUUCACAAGCUGGCAACGCUGCAAAAGGCAAAUACGUCACCAGGUUUAUCACUUCUCUGACUCACCAACGAGCAAUGCCAAAUGGACAGGCGAGGUGUAAAUUGGAYGCUUUGUGAAUAAACCAAGAGAGCAGUGAGAGGAGCUGGAGCCAAAAGGGAGAAGAAGUUAGAUUGAGACCAACACGCAGGCUGAUGGGGGURAACAGAGUGGUGGUCUGAAGUCAGCUUGGCAGGGAGUUGGUAAAGCUCAGGAUGCACAAAGUCAGAGUCAGGAGGAGAAGCAGUUUAACAGGGAAAUGUACCACUUYCCUGAAACUCAAAGGCACAGAAAGGAUUCUUUAAUGGAGGUGAUGGUGGGGGUGAAACAGUGGGAGGGAAUYGAAAAACCCUUGCAGAUACAAUCAUUCAGCCUCUGUUAGUUUUUAUUUUAAAUCCAGAGGAAAAAAAAUAAAAAACCUUUGAAGGUUUCAUGAUGAAGGGAAAUAUUCAGUGCCAUCUUGUUGUUUAGUCUCUUAACAAGACUCCUGGAGGAGGUCAAACUGAGCCCGGGUGCUCUUCAGUGACGGCGAGGUCACUUUCAGACGACCAAAGUGCCAGUUAUACCAUCCCGCCAUAUACCCCCCACAGUUUACAUGUCCUGUUUGUCAAUCUGCAUGUCCAAUAUUUUGUAUCUGAGAGAGAAAUAGUAAUUAUUAUAUUAUAGAACAGCUUAUUUGUUAUUUAUUUUUACUGUAUACAAAGAAGAAUAUGUUCUUGAAAAGAAUAAAUUCAUACUUGUUUUAACAAAGUGG